AUGGAUGAAAACAACAUGGUCUGCCCUCAUCCUCGCCGGAUUCUGGAAAGUUCCCUCGGCCCAAAUGCCUCCUCCCUCAUCUCCCCAGGUUCCCUGGGCCUGAAGUGUCCCCGGGGCUGUCACCUCUUCCGUGACACCUUCCCUGCUGCUUCAGACACACUUACUUGUGCCCGUCACCCCCACAACACCCAGAGUCCUGUCAGCAAGGACCCCCCAGCGGGUGCUGGGCAGCUCUGCUUACGGUCGGGGGUUCCCGGGGAGCGCGUGAGUCUGGCCGCCCGGGGAGGCGCAGGGGGACCUCGAGGCCGAUUCCAGGCGCAGCCAAGCAACCCCCGCGGGAUCCCCCAAUCCUCCCGAUGCUGCGGCCCUGGGCAAGGGCAGACAGUGGGGUCGGGGGUCACGGGGCGCUUGCGGGGAGCCUGGGCCUGGUCUGAGGGAGAACGUUCUGCGGGGACUGACCGGGCCGGGACCCCCCCGGGGAAAGGCCGAGCCUGGAGAGACCGACGCAGCCGUGGGGUCCAAGGAGACGGGGUCCCGGGAGAGGGGGUCCCAGGAGAGCGGGGUCCCGGGAGAGGGGUCCCAGGAGAGGGGUCCCAGGAGAGCAGGGAGAGCAGGGUCCCGGGAGAGGGGGUCCCAGGAGAGCGGGGUUCUAGGAGAGGGGGUCCCGGGAGAUGGAGGUCCCAGGAGAAUGGGGUCCCAGGAGAGCAGGGGAGGGUCCCCGGCUUCUCGGGGCCAGGCGGGAAGGCUGCGGGGGCUGCGGGCGGCCGGGACUCCCGGCUGUGGCCCCGAAAGACCUCCCUGGGGGGUUCCUGGGGCCGCGGCUCCUCCCUGGGCCUCAGAUGCGGGGAGAAGCGGCCAAAUCACGAAGGGCCUGGACAGGGCCGCGUGCGGACCGGACUGCGCUGGGGGAGCUGA